CGCCGCUCGGCCACGCAAUCGCCGCAGCUGCCGCCGCUCGGGGCCAGCCGGCCGCAGAGCCUUUGAAAGACGGCGGGAGGCGGCCGGCGCCAUGGCGAGCCCGGGACACCUGCUGUACGCGCUGGGCCUGCUGCUGUGCGCCGCGGGGACCCUCCGGCUGUCCGCGGCCCCUGCGUCCACCCAGAAGCCCAUCAUCGGAGUAUUAAUGCAAUCAUGCUAUACUAAGGAAAUGAAAAACCUGGGAAAAUACUAUAUUGCUGCAACCUAUGUAAAGUAUUUGGAGUCUGCAGGUGCCAGAGUUGUACCAGUAAGGCUUGAUCUCACAGAUGAAGAGUAUGUAAAGCUUUUCCGAUCCAUUAAUGGGAUCCUCUUCCCCGGAGGAGGCGUUAACCUCACGAAGUCGGGUUAUGCCCGCACGGCCAAGAUAUUUUACAGCCUCGCCACACAGAGUUUUGAUGAUGGAGACUACUUUCCUGUGUGGGGCACAUGCCUGGGAUUUGAAGAGCUUUCGUAUCUGGUCAGUGGAGAGUUAUUGUUAACGAACACAGAUACUAAAGCAGUCACAUUGCCGCUGAACUUCAGCCAAGGUAUACUGCAGAGCAGAAUGUUCCGGAAUUUUCCUGCUGACUUGUUGCGCUCCUUAGAAUCAGAGCCUCUGACUGCAAAUUUCCACCAGUGGAGCCUCUCCACAAUGAAUUUUACGAAGAAUGAAAAAUUAAAGGCGUUUUUCAAUGUACUAUCUACAAAUACUGAUGGCAAGAUUGAGUUUAUUUCAACAAUGGAAGGGUACAAGUAUCCGGUGUAUGGCGUCCAGUGGCAUCCGGAGAAAUCUCCUUACGAGUGGGUGCCAUUGAAAGGCAUUUCCCACGCCCCCAAUGCUGUGAAGACGGCAUUUUAUUUAGCAGAGUUCUUGGUUUCUGAAGCUCAGAAAAAUGAUCAUCAUUUUGAAUCUGUUGCUGAAGAGAACAAAGCACUGAUUUAUCAGUUCCAUCCUGUCUAUACUGGAAAUAUUUCUUCAUUUCAGCAAGUUUAUAUAUUUAAUUGAAAGCUUUCCAUAUGUUGACAGAAGUUUGAAUAAUUCUAUGAUGAAAUUGUUUUUAAUAACUUGAUACUCAUGGCAGUAAUGGAAAGCCACUGAGAUUUCGUCUCUAGUUACUGGCUCUGCAUCUUUAUUUGGUAUAUUUGACUAUAUCAUAUUUUAUAAUUAGUGGGACAGAUAAACAAUCAUAGUGUAUUUCAUGUGAAAGCUUUCUUUUAUCUCAAGACUAGAAAAAAAUUCAUUUAUUGAAAAUACAGAUAAUUUAUUUUUUUCUGAUUGAUUCUGGAAAUAAACAGCACCCCCUACCCAGACUAA